GCAGUCAGACGAGUUUUACAAUUGAUCGCGUCAAAAUGUUUUCUAUACUUGUGUUGGGACUCUCGGUGUUGGCGUUGGUUUGGUAUUAUCUCAAACACCAUUACUCACACUGGGAGCGAAUUGGUUUUCCGUAUGAUAAGAGUGCUGGUAUUCCAUUUGGAUGUCUGGGCAGUGUUUGGAGAAUGGAGAAGGCCAUGGGCAUGGCCGUCUACGAUGUCUACUUGAGGAGCAAGGAGCGCUUUCUGGGCACAUAUCUGCUCUUCCGUCCGGCUGUCUUGAUACGUGAUGCCGAAUUGGCACGACGAGUUUUGGCCCAGGAUUUCGCCAGUUUUCACGAUCGUGGAGUCUAUGUGGAUGAGGAGAAGCAUCCGUUGUCGGCCAAUCUCUUUUCGCUGCCUGGCCAGAGUUGGCGUAAUAUGAGACAAAAGCUCUCGCCGUGCUUCACCUCCGGCAAACUAAAGGGCAUGUACAGCACCUCGGAGGACAUUGGCAAUAAAAUGGUGGGACAUCUGCACAAGGAGCUGCCGGAGCAGGGUGUCAAGGAAGUCGAUCUCAAGGCUGUUUUGAGCACCUAUGCCAUCGAUAUAAUUGCUUCCACCAUUUUCGGACUCGAUAUCAACAGUUACGAGCAGCCGGAAAAUAAAUUCAAAAAGAUGGUCUCAUUAGUUCGAAAUAGAACUCGCUUUAAUGCACUUUUGGGCAUGAUGAUAUUCCUGGUUCCCGCUGUGCCAAAAUUGUUCUUCCGAUUUGGCUUACAGAAUCCGGUCGGAUUGGCCAUGUUGGCCAUUGUCAAGGAGACCAUCGAGCAUAGGGAGAAACAUGGUAUUGUGCGCAAGGACAUGCUGCAGUUGCUCAUGCAACUGAGGAACACUGGCAGCAUCGACGAAGAUGACACAAAGAUCUGGAGUAUGAAGACCUCAGCCGACGGACGCUUAGAGAGCAUUUCUAUGGAGACCAUUACCGCCCAGGCUUUCAUUUUCUAUAUUGCCGGACAGGAGACUACGGGAUCAACGGCUGCAUUCACAAUUUAUGAGCUUGCCCAGCAUCCGGAGCAUCUGAAGCGACUGCAGGAUGAGGUGGAUGAGACACUAAAGCAAAACAAUGGACAAAUAACCUACGAUGUGCUCAACAAGAUGGAAUUUCUUGAAUUGUGCAUGCAGGAAACCCUGCGCAAAUAUCCUGGACUGCCAAUGCUAAAUCGAGAGUGUACACAGGACUUUACUAUACCCGACUCCGACCAUGUGAUUAAGAAAGGCACUCCAGUGGUUAUUUCCCUUUAUGGCAUACACCGUGAUCCAGAGUACUUCCCCGAUCCCGACAAAUACGAUCCCAAUCGAUUUGCCGAGGAGACAAAGAACUAUAAUCCCAUUGCCUACAUGCCUUUUGGUGAGGGUCCCAGGAUUUGUAUUGCCCAGCGCAUGGGUCGCAUCAAUUCCAAACUAGCCAUAGUCAAGAUACUCCAGAACUUCAAUAUCGAAGUGAUGGGCAAACAGGAGCCACAAUAUGAAGCGGACGGAAUUGCUCUGCAGCCCAAGGAUGGAGUCAAGGUGCGUCUGUCCAAGAGGAUUCCCAAAUUUUAAUACAAAAGUGUUAAAAUAAUGAAAUUAGUGAAUAUUUACGAUGCUGAAUAUUUAAUUAGAUAAAUUACCAGCCAAAAUUGUGAAAUUAAUAGAAAAUUUACCAAAAAAAAAACAAAAAGCAACGAAAAUUGAAAAGACAAUUUAUAAUACAAAACCCUUUUAAAUCAAUUAAAUUUUACCGAAAUUAUAAAAUCGACUCAAUCAAAAUUUACCAAAUUUAGAGAUUCGAUUUAUAUAGAAAAUUCACUAAAAAUUUUAAUAACAUUGAAAAUUGUUGUGAUCAAAAUUCGAUUAGUUAAAGUCCCCUUGACUCGAUGAAAAUUUAAAAAAAAAUGUGAAAUCAAUGAAAGUUGACUAUGGCUGAAAACUAGAUUAGAUAAGAUAUCCAUUAAGAUAGUGACUAGUAGAUAACUAACAGUAGUAAAGCCUUCUUAUCAACGAAACACAAAUACUUUGAUUCUAGUCAACAAAUUUGCUUGUUUAUGAUGAAUAUGAAUAUGAGUGUGAAUAUGUAUGAAUAGAAUAAACACUUUUUAUUAAAUGCUUGAGA